AUGUUAACAUAUCGUGACGGCACUGCUGCACAAGAUAAUCCUUCAUUGAAACUGUAUCCUGAUUCAUUUUUGAUUCAACUCUAUACAGAUGGGAUUAGAGUUACAAAUACAAUUGGUCCUAAAAAAGACGACCAUAAACUAAAAUUAUAUUAUUUUGUUUUAGAAGAUUUACCAGAUGCUGUACGAUCUAUGCUACAAUCGAUGGGUCUUGUUGGAAUAUACUCUACAAAUAUUUAUCAUCACAAAGCAAUCGUAUAA